UUACGCCCGGUCAUUAAAAUAAUACUGCCAUUAAAAUUAAGCAGAACUGUUAUUGUCCUCCAUUAACAAACUGUGUGCCCGCAGCGACCGGACUUUGUGUAUGUUUUCGCAUUUUUUAAUUUUUAUUUUUAAAUAUACGUCGAGAAAGAAGGUGUUUUUCUAAGGGUGAAACAAGCCAAAAAGCUGCGCAGUUUUUGGGGGGAGAAGCGUAGAGUGUUUGUGUUUUUUUUGUGUGUGUGUGUGUUUUUUUUGUUGUUGUGAGAGAGUGUGCUGGUGCUCUCCCGUCGCCUUCUUUCCUUUCUCCUCUUUUCUGUCCUUCUUCUCCUUUCCGUUCCCACCGAAAAGUGCCGCACACACAGCCCUGAUUAUUUAUCCUGCACUAAAAACACCAAAAAAAAAAAAAAAAAAAAAAAAAACGGGGGAGAGAAGAAGCCGCCAGCGCCGCCGGGUCCCUGGGAGAAAUUUGACUUCAGACAUGUGCCGGACACGUGCUGCGGAGCGACUCUGAGGAAGACCGAAGAAGGCGUUUGAGUAAACGCUGUCGGGUUGUCAUUUUCUGCUAAGGAGACGCCUUUGGGCCGCCGACGCGAUGUCGAGCAGAAGGAAAUCCACAACGCCUUGCAUGGUCCUUUCCGUGGAUCCGGCGGAGCAGGAUCCGGACGUGGAGGUGAUGGAGGAAGGGGAUGGAGCGGAAAGUGCUGUCAAGAGCCACGUGGGUUCCGCCCCAACUUCCACCAAAGCUGAUCAAGACCAUGACGUGCUGCACCGCCCUGGGGAGGAUAGUUUCACCCGGACCACCGUGAAGCGUAACGGCCGGACCGUCUCUGAACAGAUUGAUUCAGCUUCCGAUGCUGAUUUUGUACGUCAAGGGAGCGAGGAAAGUACGGAUACCGCUGUCGCUGCCAUUUCGCUGAGCAAGACGCCCAUUAUGAAGAUGAAGAGCAAAAAUGAACCCAAGCGAAUUGUGGUUUCUCACAAGGCCAUGGAUGAGAAUGGCACAAAGGGAGAGAUUGAAGGUGAGCUGGAGCCCAAGGAUGCAGCCCCUCUGACCCCAUCCCACCCUGUGGAGGUGGUUACCCCACUGCCGGCCGAGCCUGUGAAGCCCAGUGUCGUCGUGACCAAUCCUAACACUGUUCAGCCUGAGCCAAAGAAAACUGUCAUCAACUCUGCCACGGUUCUGCCUGCUGGCCUGGCCCAGGUUCUGUCUGCACUGCAAGCCCAGCAAAAUGCCCACACCCAGCUGCUGAUACCAGUCAGCAGCAUCCCGACCUACAACAGCACCAUGGAUGCCAACCCUUUACUAGUGAGCACCUACAGCAAGUUCCCGUAUCCAUCAGUGUCGGAGAUCAUGGGAUUAGCCUCUCAGACAAAGUUCUCGGAGGAGCAGAUCAAGAUCUGGUUCUCCGCUCAGCGUCUGAAGCACGGCGUAAGCUGGACCCCUGAGGAGGUAGAGGAUGCCAGGAGGAAGCAGUUCAAUGGCACAGUGCACACAGUGCCCCAGACUAUCACGGUGAUCCCGACCCACUUGCCCUCUACCCAUAAUGGCCUGCAGUCCAUUCUGCAGACCUGCCAGAUUGUUGGACAGCCCGGUCUCGUGCUAACACAGGUGGGUGGUGCCGGCAGCUUGCCAGUGACUGCACCCAUCACACUGACGGUGGCGGGAGUGCCUGGCCAAGCACAGCUGCCUAAGGCCACCACCAUCCAGACCAAUCCCGCUGUCGUGGAGACCAAAAGGGCCACCACCGUCCAGCCGCCUUCACUGACACCUCAGGAGAACUCGGCCCUGAGUGCCGAUCACUUUGGCAUGCGGCCCAAGAAGUCCAAAGAACAGCUGGCAGAGCUGAAGGCCAGUUACCUGAAGAACCACUUUGCCAGUGAUGCAGAGAUAUCUCGGCUAAUGAAGCUGACGAAUCUCACCAAAGGGGAGAUAAAGAAGUGGUUCAGCGACACUCGUUAUAACCAGCGCAACUCGAAAAACAGCCACGUCAUUGUCUUUAACGAAAGCGGCAAUGCCAACAGCAACAACACCAUCGUGAUCGACUCGAGUGACGAGACCACGGAAUCCCCCACAUCUGCACCUGUUAAAGAGAAGGAGACGCGCAACAAGACUUGGAACCCCUUCCCAGACUUCACGCUGCAGAAAUUUAAGGAGAAGACCACUGAGCAGCUUCUGGUUUUACAGGAGAGCUACCAGAGAUGCAACACACCCACUGAUGAAGAGCUGAGCAGACUGAGGACGGAAACCAAGCUCACGAGGCGGGAAAUCGAUGCCUGGUUCACAGAGAAGAGGAAGGUACCAACAGAGCAGGCAGAUCAUAAAGCAGAACUUGUUGAAGGUGAGGUGGCUAAAAACCUCUCCUCGCCGAAGCCCGAGAGCCAGAUUCCACCAAGUGGACGAGUACCCAUCAAGGACAAGAUUGGGAAGAAAACCCCGGAGCAGCUUCACAUCCUCAAGAGUGCCUUCGUGCGCACACAGUGGCCCACAGCUGAGGAGUAUGACAAGCUUGCUGAAGAGAGCGGGCUGCCCAGGGCCUACGUGGUCAACUGGUUUGGAGACAGCCGUUAUUCCUGGAAGAAUGGCAACCUCAAGUGGUUCUACUUGUACCAGAGCGGGAACGUUGAGGCAAUGAAUGGAAGUGGGAGCCGGAAGAGGGGGAGGUGCCGGAGCCGAGGACGAGGCAAGUCCCGGCGACGGAAGUCCCGGAGAUCCUCGGGAGCGGGGAAGUCCUCUCCUGUUAUUAAAUUCAAGUCGGGGAAGGAGAUUCUGAAAGAGUACUAUCUAAAGCACAGGUUCCUGAACGAGCAAGACCUGGACGAGCUGGUGGCCAAGUCCAACAUGGGCUACGAGCAGGUGAGGGACUGGUUUGCUGAGAUCCGCCGGAAGGAGGGGAUGGGCACGGACCCGUUUGAUGAAGCUGCUGAUAAUGGGGAACACAAGGAGGAGUCAUCAUCGCAGGGAGACAGUGAAAUGGUGGCAGAGGAGCAGGAAGAAGUCAUGGGCGAUGAGGAUGAUGAUGAUGAAGAUGACGAUGAUGGAGACUCAGAUGACAGCGAUGCGUGGGAGCCUCCGCAAAGUGUCAAACGAACAGUUUCGGGGUCAGAAGAUUAGCAGCAAAAAGCUGUCCGUCUUCAGCAGCACUUUGUAUGCAUAUGGAAGGAAGAGGGAAGACUGGAGGUGUGGUUCUCUGCGUGGAGCGAGGAGAGCUGAAAUUUGUUACAAAGUGGAUGGAGAUGGUCCGAAGGAGCCUUUCAAGGUGUUCUUUCCCAGUCCAAACAAGGACUUGUGGUGCCAAAGCAACGCUGCUGUAGGUGGAAGUUUCCUGUGCUUGAGUUCCCCACGCCAGAGAAUUUGACUGAAUAUUAUCUUUGCCCUUAGAAAUUGCACGAGAGACAUUCGGUACUGUGACCACUGUGGUUUUUUUAAUGUCCCGGAUAAUUAUCAGUGGACGCCGAUGAGUCGCCUUAAUUUUUUUCCUGCUGUUUAAUUUUCCAGCAUAGAAUAUUUCUCAAUCAAGGAAAGAAAAUUGUCUUCUUGAACUCUGCACAAAUCAAUAUUCCCUGUAUUCCAGUAGAUCCUCUGGGAGGUGGCUGAUAAGUGGACCAACUCAUUAGCAUAACCUGGGUUGUGAUUUUAAUCAGGAGUCACCUUUAAGGAGCAUCUUGCUAAAUGGCGUGCGCUCUGCGUUUAUUCUCGAAAUGGCGUGUGAGAAAUGCUUGAGCAGGUCAGCGGUUCUAUUUGUUAAUGAAGAUGACACAUAUUUGCACAUGCCACAGGCUCAAGGUAAAUGAAUUUCUUAUUUGGUCUUGAGGAAAUGGUGCCUUUUUAAUCAUGGAACAGCAGAUCAUUUUCAUUGUCCUGUGGGCCUUUUACGGACUCGUCUUAGAGUCCUUCUUCUGACUGUGUUUAUAUGUCUGUAGUAUAAAUUUCCCAGUUGUGCAGGGCAAUGAUGAUUGUUCCCUUUGACUAAAAUUAAAAUACUGAUAAGUGUGUUACAAGAAGGUGGCAAAAUUACUUAUAUUAAGGCCAUGCCACUUUCUUCUUCCAAUGGGACAAUUUGGAAUACCAUACUCUAAAACCAAUUUUUUUCAAGCAAAUAUUCCUGAAGCCUUUUUAAAUAUUUUAAUGUAUUCUGUAAAAGUAUUUAUUUCAUCCUGUGUUGGAAAAAAAAAAUUGUAAUCAGUCACAGAGCAAUAACAUUCAUGGUAAGCCCUGGAUGUGUUCCUUUCUUGAUGACCUGCUUAAAUAAAACUGUGUUUGGAGAGAGCUGCAGUUGGGUGUGUUUAGACUGAGAUUUUAGACACAGGGACACUGAGGAUAGCACAGGCAGGUUGAUGCUGCAGCAGCGCUCGUUGUGCGCGAAUAGCGGGCACUGAUGCUGUUACUACAAGGCACUUGGUGACGGUGGUGUAAAGCACUUCGUGUUGGUGAUAAACAACAGUACAGGUACUCUUAAAACCGAUCAGCUGGAUGUUUACGUUGUCCUGCUCGCAGCGACCAUGAAAACUGAAAGAGAAAAAAAA